AUGAUGGAAAUUGAGGAUCGUAUUCAGAGUUGGAACGAUAGAUUUGAAGAAUUGCUGAGCUUUAUACCUGCAAAACUAUAUUAUCCAGCAGAGACGGCGAACCAAUGGAAGCAAAAAAAGUCAUCUUCAGAAGAAAAAAGGGAACGUCGCAAAAUGAAGUUCUCUUUGGAUGGUUUGAAUGACGAAGAACAAUCCCAAAACGAAGGAAAUAGACCACCAAAUUGGAGUACUGAGAAAACUGAAGGGGAAGACAAUGAAGAAUCUGGUCGCCGUGCAGAAAGUAUGUCGCAUAUCCGUGGAAAAUUAGCUUCCAGAAUACAGGACAUGCGAGAGAAACGCAAAGCUAGUAAUUUGGACCAAAAAAAACAAAAUAAAAAGGUUUCCACCGAAGAGAAAAAGGCUGCUUCGAAUAAAAAAUCACCAAAGAAGCAACCUCCGUCUCGUGCUGGUUUUUAA